GUCAUACAUGUCAUCAAUGGAGUCUGUCGCCAUAUCCAGAGAGUGCUUUCAGCAGCAUGAUAAUCCUCCGAAGUAAAUGUGGUGAGGGCGGAUGUGGUGUCAGCAAGAAAGUCCCAGCUCACAGGAUCGACAGAUGCAGUAUGCCAACCUGGGAGAGACAAGCAUGUCAGAGAAAAACCUUAUCUGCAUGUGCCAUUACUUCUCUUGUUCUUUUGGUGGGAUUGCUGAUGUUUGUUGUCAUAUAUCUGACACUCACCUGGCAAGAUAUUGUUGGAGAGAGUUCCACUCAGGAUCAGAGUGACAACAUGUAUAAUGACUGCAGAUCCAAAGCUACAGUUGUGACUGAUGAAGCUUUAAUGCAGAGAUGGGAUUCCUAUUCAAACUUAAGUCAAGCCUGGAGCGAUGCAGAGCGAAAAGCUAGAGAGCCUGCACACAAGUACAUGGAGAAACAUCAUUCGAUUGCCAUUUACAUGUACACAGAUAUUACGUUGCAACCUGUCAACCAAGACUUUGCAGAAAGAAGCCGUAAGCAGUCGAACGAGACGCUUGAGUCCCACUCCCUUUAUUUUUCCCUAACUGAAGCCAUUCAGAUUCUGAAGCACAGUCAAGUGACAUGUCUUCGUACAAGUUACAGAACAGAGACACUUUUGAAUAUGAACAUGUCUAGCAAACAUAUUAGGUUCAGCACCUUCAUAUUAGGUUCUGAUGAGUGGAAUUUAACAAGGAACGCUUCAUGUUUUGAGAUCUACACAUGUUUUGGGGCUGACAUAACACAUUAUUCUGCCUUCAAACAAAACAGCCAGGUGCUGAUUCCUCCCUACGAGGUUUUCAAAGUCACUGACAUCCAGACAGAUACACAGAGAUGUAAAGUCAUCUACAGACUGCAGAGCAACCUGAACUGUGUGUAUGAUAGAGAGAGCAAUACAUUGCACCCAAUAUCCUCAUUACCAUUGGAAGGAUUUUGGCUGAUAUUUGCUAUCACUUGCAUUAUUAUUGUUUCUCUUCUACUACCUUUUGUUAUUGUGAGGGUGUUAGAAUACCAUGAGGAAAUUGCCAUUUAUGGUGCUUCAUUUUUGCACAUCAGCACUUACAGUUCUGCGGGAAAUGUCAUUUAAUUCUAAAUAAAGACAGACCUAUAAGCAGAAGUCAUGUGGCCUGAAUGACAUUUCUGCAUUUUAUAACUUAAUGCACAGGGAAAGAGAAACAUGGUUAAAACAUAAUGGUCUUAACAUAAUGCAUACUUGUAGUGUAUGUAUUUUGGCAAUUUUAAGGAAAUUGAGUUGUUCAUUAUUAACUAAUUUCAUAACUUAAGUGCCGAAAGUUUCAAGCCUGUUGCAACUCACAUAGUAGUAAUGUUGGGUGUGGUCUGAAGAAUACAACACAAAGAGGAGUAUCAGACAUGUAUCAGACAACAUACAUGAAUAUAACAGUAAUUAAUACUGUUUGUUGGAGACAAAAAAAGGCUUUUUGUUCUCUUUUGCUAAACACACUAAACUCCAGACUGCUGGAAGCUCCCUAGCUUCAGCUAAUCAUCAUAAAAGUAAACCCACCAGUGCAUUUAGUAAUAAUGAUCCAUAUGCUGCACUUAAUACUGCAGAAAUGUCACUGUGUAAACUCUGGUAGAAGGUUAGCGUAUCUAAUGAUUUUUGAUUCACCUGAUGAUCUCUUAUUACAAUUUGUCAAAUUUUGACCUUCAUGUAUGAAAUAUUACUAGUAAGAUGUCACAAAAUAUCACUGGUAAGACAAAAAUAUAUUCACUAUACAGGUAUUGUUAUUUAUUGACAGUUACUCGUGUCAGUCAAUGUGAUGCUGUGGAAAAGUCAAAAUCGCACUGUGUGACUGUGUGACUGUGACUUGCACGUCUUUAGGUGUGGAGUUUGAUAGGUUGAUGUCUCUUCAUAGUUCAGAGUUGCUUUUAGCCAUGGACAUGUAAAUAUACUUGGCUUGAAUGAGCAGCUUUUGAAUGGACAGGCAUGUCAGUAUAGUAAUUGGUGAUGCCAAAUUUCAAAUAACUUUGUUGCUCUCAAGCCAAGUCAAGUCAGGUUUAUUUAUAUAGCACCAAAUCAGACUGUUAUCUCAGGGCACACAAAAAGCAGAUCUGAAUGACAGAGACAGAGACAGAGGGAGAGAGGAAAGGGAACACAGCACAAAGCAAAUUCCACAGAGAGAUGUAAGGCUAAUUGUAAUAAUAAUAGUAACGAUAGCCGUGUGUGUUGAGCAGGAUUGUGGGAGCCGUAGGUCACUUGUGAUCCACACUGUACAGCUUCAGAGGCAGAAAUACCAGCAGAAAGUGACAGGAGACAUCUGUUUAACCAAAAAAUGUUAGACCUCUUGAUCAUAAUUAAACUGCCCCAAACAUUCUAGCUGUGACUACAAUAUAACAGGAAGCAUCUCGACAGCUAAAUGAUAUUUUAUCAGAUUUGUCCCACCUGAAUCAUUAUGACAUUUUAAUAUGUCACAAUAGGAAAAACAAUGGCUCAGUUCCAGUCAAGUGUCUCAGUAAGACAUGACAGUGUGACAAUACCAGGACCCUGAAACUUAAGCACAUAAAAGGAAUUCAGCCACAAGCAUUUUUACAGACAGGCAAACAGUAUUUUCAGGACAGUGCUCAACAAUGAUGUGCUGAGGUGGUGGCUGGAUGACUGAGCAGGACAUGGCAUUUUGGAUAGAAAGGCCUGUCAAGUCCAUUGGGCCAGCCGUGGUAUUUUAGCCUAUAAGCAAAUCAAAUGUAGAGAAAAGGACAUGAUAAACCAUCUAGUAUCUGCUCUUCACUUGGGUGAGAGAGAAGGAUUUAAAAGCAGCUUAAUGGUACGUUAGGUAAGAGCUAG